GGGGAGGGGAGCGCGUGCGCGUGCGCGUGACCGCCAGACGCAGACUGGUGGGGGAGAGAGAGAGCGAGAGAGCUCAUCUCCAUACAGUCACAGUGAACUGCGGGGGCCGACGGAGCGGUCCUCGAGAGCGGAAAGAACUGCUGAACCAGGAUUUCAAUCCGACCACUACCGACUUUCUUACAUCCGACCUUCAUUUGCUUUCGCCCUCUAUCCUUCGCAGUUGUUCGCAAGGAACUUUUUUUUUUGUACUGGGGUCUUUGUGGACUUUGGAAAGCCAGCCCCCCUCCCCUUCUAUCCGACAUGGACAGUCCGAGAGCCGCUUCAGGGAGCUUCUGACCGGUGUUCACUCACUCGUCACGGACAUACAAGCGUGAACCACAGGGAGUGGUUUUUUUUCUUCUUCUUCUUCAAACUAAAUGUUUGAUGAAGUGCUUCGAAGUUUUGGCCAAUUCUCGGACGCGGUGGAUUUAUCCGUUUCAGGCGCGACAAGACGCUCGUGGUCCCCGCUCGCUGUUCGCUGGUAAAGUUGCGGGGGAAACAUGGAGACUGUGAGUCGGCAGAGCUUCCAGCCUCAUCCGGGACUGCAACAAACUCUCAAGCAGUUUCACCUCAGCUCUAUGAGCUCUCUAGGCGGGCCGGCCGCCUUCUCCGCCCGCUGGCAACAUGAGCUUCUCUUCAAGAAGGACGGGAAGGAGCCCGAGCCGGUCCUGCAGCAUCUCCCGCCGCCAGUGAUGCCCGGGCCCCUCUUCAUCCCGUCGGACCGUUCCACGGAGAGGUGCGAGACAGUCCUGGAAGGCGAGACCAUCUCGUGCUUCGUGGUCGGAGGGGAGAAGCGGCUGUGUCUCCCCCAGAUCCUCAACACGGUGCUGCGGGACUUCAGCCUGCAGCAGAUCAACUCGGUGUGCGACGAGCUGCACAUCUACUGCUCCCGGUGCACCGCCGACCAGCUGGAGAUCCUCAAAGUCAUGGGGAUCCUGCCCUUCUCGGCGCCCUCCUGCGGCCUCAUCACCAAGACGGACGCCGAGCGGCUGUGCAACGCGCUCAUCUACGGGGGCGCUUAUCCUCCUCGCUGCAAGAAGGAGGCGAGCAGCGGAGGGGCGCUGCAGCUGGAGCUCACCGACAGGAGCUUCAAAAUCUACCACGAGUGCUUCGGCAAGUGCAAGGGCUUGUUCGUGCCCGAGUUGUACACCAGCCCCAAUGCAGCCUGCAUCCAGUGCAUGGACUGCAGACUCAUGUACCCCACGCACAAGUUCGUGGUGCACAGCCACAAGGCGCAGGAGAACCGGACUUGCCACUGGGGCUUUGACUCGGCCAACUGGAGAGCCUACGUCCUCCUCGGCCAGGAUUACACGGGCAAGGAGGAGAAGAGCCGCCUGGAGCAGCUCCUGGACGAAAUCAAGGAGAAGUUCGAUUUCGCUAACAAGUACAAGAGGAAAGCAUCGUCCAGGGUAUCAGAUCCUGUUCCAAUCAAAAAGCCCAAACAUGAAGACAUCCCAAUACAAUCCACUGUGGCUGACAAGGAGAUGCAGCAUGACUGGCUACAGUCCCUUUCCAACUCCAAUAAGAGUUUCAACUGCAUUCAGCCGAGACAGAGGCCAUCAGCUUUUAGACCCUGGUCGCCACAUAUCUCUGCCAGUGAUAAGGAGCCCCCCAGUCACCCCUUCGCUCUCUUAAGAGACAACUUCUACAACUACAAGAGCCUGGAGAAUGCUGUGGCCCCUAAUGUUGCCCUCACACCACUGCCACUGGGAAAGGUGGGUCCAUUGUCCCCGUCAGUCCCCAGCACGUCACACCCGAGCACAGGGGAACCCCCAGGUGAGGGGGCCAAUGCCAGCUCUAGACCUCGCAAGAGAAGAGCCACAGGGGAGCGCCAGCCUCCAGCACCCGAGGUUGCCUGCUCCCUUACCUCCACUGGCAGCAAGCAGCCACCACCCCAGGAUGACAAAGACUCUGAGGUGGAGAUUGAAGUUGAGAGCCGUGAUGAGUGUAAGCUAAGAACAUUAUCCCAGCAGUUCACUUCAUCUUUGUCCUCCCUGUCAUCACCAUCCUUCACUUCAUCCAGCUCAGCUAAGGACCUGAGUUCACCCGGUGCGCUCGGGUCCCUCUGCACAGUCAUAACAGCUGAGGGCACUACCCCUGCAGCUGCUCCCAUUUCAGCCCCUGUGACUCCUCCAGAACUGGGGUUGGAGUCAGAGUUCGAGAGCCUGCGGCAGGCACUAGACAAUGGACUGGACUCCAAAGAGUCAAAGGAGAAGUUCUUGCAUGAGAUAGUUAAGAUGAGGGUGAAGCAGGAGGAGAAGCUGGGAUCCGCCCUGCAGGCCAAACGCAGCCUUCAGCAGGAGCUGGAGUUCUUGCGGGUUGCAAAGAAAGAGAAGCUGCGAGAGGCGACUGAGGCCAAGCGCAAUUUGAGGAAGGAAAUAGAGCGCCUGCGAGCCGACAGCGAGAAGAAGAUGAAGGAAGCCAACGAGUCGCGGAUCCGUCUGAAGCGGGAGCUAGAGCAGGCCCGGCAGCUGAGGGUCUGCGAUAAAGGCUGCGAGGCCGGACGUCUGCGUGCAAAGUACACUGCACAGAUUGAAGACCUCCAGAUGAAGCUGCAACAUGCCGAGGCUGACCGUGAGCAGCUCCGAGCCGACUUACUGCACGAGCGGGAGGCCAGGGAGCACUUGGAGAGGAUGGUGAAGGACCUGCAGCAGCAACUUUGGCCCAAAUCCAGCAGCAACAAAGACUUGACAGCCAAGGACAAGGACAUGGCAUCAAAAAAGUAACCCGGUAGCCAAUUCCCUCAAUUCCCUUCCAUCCCCACCUCCAGUGCAGAGAUCCCGUACACUUGCCACACGACCGAGACCAUAAUGCACACCAGUGUUCUUCACGAUUGCCCUUGAGUAUACCGAAUAACAGUGACCUACAGGAUUUGGGUCCUCAUCCACAUCCAAGAAAAGCAAAUGGUCAUCUGGAGAAAGACAACGAGCUGCAACGAGGAAGCGCGUCACUCCAACGCUGACUCUCACCUUCGUACUUGCAGAAAUGAAAAGUAGAUCACAAGAGGGAAAAUGUGGUUGCGCCUGUCUCUGAUAAGACAAGUUGGCCAGUCUGUGAUAAGAAUGCUAAAAGAUGAUCAUAUUAUAUUAGUCAUACAGCAGACGCCUCCACGUUUUUCCCUCGACGCAAUGAGGACGGAAGAUUUUGAAGACAUGAUAAGCUACAUAGACUCUGUAAAGAAACAUAUAUCCAAAUAAAUCUGAAGAUGAACAAUACAAACGAACUAUCCACAUGUGCCGCCAUGUUAUUUUUUAUUUUUAUUUUUUUUAUUCUUUCUUUUAGGGGGGGAAAAAAAAAAAGGAAUAUUUUAUUUUGAAUUUGAGCACAACCUCUUGCAAAUUGAUGUCAUCGAAACUUGGAUUUCUUUAAUGCUCCAGAAGUGAGCACUUGAUUUGGAAUAAUCAAACUUCUCAGUCUACCAUCAGUCUUUGUCCCAGUGUUGCUCACACUAAGUCCAAUGAACACGGGUCACCAGCCAUAUUUGUGUUGAAGCAUUUGGGUCAAAACCCACAGGUGUCGAAUCUUCUAAAGAUACAAAAUUCCACAUGUGAGCGUGGCCUUGUUUUCUCAUCUCAUUCCACAGGAGUGAGGAAGCUGGCAUUUAUUUUACUUUAAUUAAUCAGCAUAUUAACUCUAUGACUAUAUGAGGCACCCUUGGCAAGAACCACAAAUGUUCAUGUUAAUUAAAUUAAGGUAUGUAAAUAUUUUUUUUUUGGAGUUAACAAAAAUGAAUGGCACUUUGUCCUAACAACAAACUGUUUUUAUGCAUUGUAAUUCCACUUUUGUCUUCAAUCUUGUUUUGAAAACAUCAUCUUAUCCAUCAACGUUACCGUAUAAAUCCAAUUAACAUUUUGUUGCUUAUAUCCAUUCUCUAUUAAAUAUUGUUCUGUUUACUUAAGGCAAAGUAUUGUAAAUAAACCGAAAGAAAAACAAGGCUCUAUCUGUUACUGCCUGAUGUAGUCUGGGAUUGAUGGCACUGUUGGAAUCAGUCGAGUUGGCUCAAACAUACAGAAGAGACGACAAAUUAAGAGGGAAACUUGAAUGAAUGGCUGCAGAUACAUGGUGACAAUUAGUUUUAGGGGUUUGAAAAUGAUGUCAUAGUUUGCGGCCUUCAAAGUCACAACAUCUCAUCGCUUGACUUUCAUGGGACGUAUUGGUGAAUUUCCACUUUGAAUGAGGAAAUCUAUUUUGGUAGAAGUAAUGCAAACACCAUGGCAGCACUGUGUUGUUUUCCCCCACCAUUAAUUUGUCCCAGUAUGUAUGUCAGUGGGGAGAUUUCUAAAAAAAAAAAAAAAAAGCCUGCACAAACAAUCACCUUUGGAUUUUUUUAUUAAAAAAAAAAAAAAAAAACAAAAGACAAAAAAAGACAUUUGCCAGAAGAUGCCGUCGCAGUGGGUACAAUGCAAUCAGAAUGUACAUGAUGUUAACGCUAUUUUUCCUUUGAUUGUUAAUGUUUUAAAUGUGGAGAUAUAUUAUUGCUUGUCUAUGUUCACUUUUUUUUUUUUGGAAGAAAACUCAUUUUUCUUUAUGCAUGAAACUGAGAACGUUUGCCAUUCAUAUCGUCAAAUAUCGGGCAUUUACAGUAUACUGUUCAUGUAAGGGGUUUAUUGUGUUAUGCAAUUUGAAGCAAUUUGUCUUAUCCAAGAGGAGGAAAUGAUAACUAAAAGCUGUAUACAUACUUGCAUAAAACAAACAAACAAACAAACAAAAUAAUAAUACAAAAAAAUAUUAAAUGCAAUGCUGGACAACCUCAAGUGCCUGACACUGGCGAAAGGUUUCCAGAAGAGGAAAAGCUGAAGAAGAAGUUGUUUCGGGGGAGACAACUACUUUAUUUAAAAAAAUACAAAUAAACUCUCUGCCUAAUUCAGCAGCUCUUUUUUAAAAUCAGCAAUCCAAGUACAACAAGUUUACGUUUCUUUUUCAACGCAGAGAGCAAUUUAACUAUUUAUACGUAAAGCUUUUUUCCAAGAGUGCGUGCUUUUUCUUCAUUUGAAAUCAAUGAUGUGCAUGCGCAAACACUUUUGUAGAUGACCUUUUUGGGAAAAGAAAAAACCACUUGCUUUGGUAAGUUGUUGCUAAGGGUUGUACAUAAAGAGUUGUACGCAUUUAAUCCAAGUUUGUGGACAUGCGGUCCUCAGGCAUGCAUGUUGAGGAGGAUUAAGAGGACUUUGUUAUUAUUACUAUUAUUAAAAGGCCAGCUUAAAUCCAACUCUCAGAGAAAGACGCAUCGUCUGCCACUUUGGCACACCUACGAAUUGGUACAUUUUGUAGUUGUUUUUACACUCAAAAUAAAGUUGAUAGCCUGUGUGUAGUUUUGUUUAUGCAUGGUUUUCUAUGAAGCAAGGGAGAUGAUAAUGACAUUGGCCCUUCGUUCGCCCAUGCACAGCAAGCUAAUUGUCUUAUUUUCAAAAGGAAUUUGCUAGAAGAGCAAUAACAAUCCAUAUUAACAAACAAGUACUUGCCAGUGUGACGAUUUGAAUACGAAUUUACAAAAUGUAAAUAUUUUUUUUCAUUAACAAUAUUGUAUAAUAUAUGUACAUGGUGUUUCCUUUUGAAAAUGAAAUCUUUUCUUACAAUAGAUGUCUUGAUUUACUGUUUUUUAAUUUGUGUUUGGAAAUGUUUCAAAAACAGUUCAUGCAGUGCGAAAGAGACUAUUCCCCAGGAGUCAUUCAAUUCUAUUGUUUUUUUUUUACUGUAGUCUUUGUAUUGCAUUUUUUUCACUAAUUCAUUUAUUUUUCACUGUAUGUUCGCUAUCACAUAGCAGAACUCUUUCUGUCUCUCACACUUGCACACACAAGAUCAUCUGAAAGAUUGUUUCCCCCCCCCAUUGUUCUUGUGUAUCUGUUUAGCCCUGUGCUGCUGCUAAUGCUAUAUGAAACUUCUAGAAAUAUUUUUAUGUAAGAGGCAAAAUGGAAGCUUUCCCAUUUAUAAAUGCCACAUAUGCAGUACGAAAAGCUUUGGCCACUCAUGUGAUCCCUUCGUUUUCCCUCAUCUUUUCCCAACAGCACCCCUCUCGCACACCGACAAUAUUGUAAAGGACUAUGAGAUUAUGUUUGAAAAAAAUGCAAUGAUUAUACUGUAUACUGCAGUGACUGAAUGUACAGUAUAUAGAUGCAUUACCAGAAAUAAAGUUGUUUGUCCAGA